UCAUGCCCGACAAUGACCCGGCCAUUGGCCAUUAUUUGGACGGGCUCUUCUUAAGCGAGGACCCCGACGAGAUUCAGACAUUCUUCGAUUGCCCAGUCGGUCCUCGGUGUGAUGCGGCCGACCGUCUGGGCAUUGAACACGGCACUCCUCUGAACAUCCCGGAUGAAAAUUUCUCCGCGUCGUCCACCGACAGCACUGGAGCUCGCUAUAGCACGCCCUCUUCGGCUCGGUUAAACUAUCCGGGUGCAUAUCCUCUGAUUGGUGGAUGGAAGGCUGCCUCCACCGCCGUCGGCUCCUGGAUACAAGUGGAACUUGGGGUGGACGCAAUCGUAACGGGAGUCAUUACACAGGGUCGCAAUGUUGACGAGACCAGCCAUUUGUGCUGGGUGACCCUAUUCCAAGUCAAGUACGCAUCAAUGGCAAAGGUGAACCUUGUUGAUGUUACGAGCCAGGAUGGCACACCCAAGGUUUUUAACGGCAACACCGACGGCACCACGGAGGUGACCACCUCCUUCCCGCAACCGGUCAUAGCUAGCAUCAUUCGGCUGCUGCCGGUUGCGUGGGUUUCACAAGUCGUACUUCGUUUUGAGCUGUUGGGAUGUUUGCAGUCUGCUGAAACCACACGUCUAAUUAGGGAGCACGUAUCUAUUUAACCGCCCGAGAGCUAGGCCGAAACUGGCCGAAUCGCCCGGCGCUGUAAUGAGCAUCAUUAUCAACAGGUGAAUGCACACCGCUCGGUUUCCUACCCUGCAUAUUCAUGAUCUCCUUGCCCCUGCUACCCAGCUUUUGGUACACAAAGGAAUAGAUGGGCGACUGUUAAUAAUAUGCACCCCUUGGUUUGAUCAAGGAGACUACAUGCCCGUAGCCCGAACAUCACGUCACACUUCGAGGCUCGUGAAUAACACCAGAGAGUGACAUAUUUAAACCUUUCUCACGCUGUCACCAUCUUGGCCAUGUUCCAUUCAUCAGAGUACAUUGGUUUACCUGCACUGACUUAUUUACACCUUUUCUGAUUUUUAACAAAGUUUCAAUAAUUUUAAGUACUGUUUUUUUUUUUUAUUAUAGUUGUUUUAAAUUCCUGCGUCAUUGUUCUGUAAGUUUUUUGUGGCAACAGUUUAAUUGUACUAGUUAGAAUCGGACCUUGUUGUACACACUAAUAAAGGCAAUGGACAAUAAUAUUGGUAAGGUCAAAGACCAGUCUUCUCACUAAAUAAUAUUACCCCUACCACUAAAUAAAUCGGCCAACAAAGAUAACCUCACGCGUAAGGUCUCGAAAUCAAUUCAAAUAUUAUACUGAGAAAUUACUUCUUUCUUA